AUGAGUCAAGACAAAGAAGCGCAAUGUUUAACAAAAACAAAUUUAUUAGCAUAUCAGAAACCUGAAGGAGAGAAAACGGAGCAGAGACCGUGUCAGAAAAGAAAACAGCCUGCAUAUUCAGCUACUAUAUCGAGAUGCCAACCGAAAGUAAUCAAAAUAUGUACCGGAGCAGAAAUGAAAAAAAUGUGUCCUCCUCCUUGUGAUUGUACAAUUAAGCCUCGUUCUUCAGGAAGGUCAUUGGGAGCUCUGGGUAUCCUUUUUUUAGGAAUUAAAGCUGCUAUCGCCGCUACUUUGGUAUACGUAUCUUACGAUAUGGGAAUUUGGGGAACUACUGAUGACACUCAAGACUUGUAUCGGAAAUACUGCGCAGCAACUAGCCAACCAAAGAAAAGGAACGAUAAAUGGGAUCCGCCAUCUUGUGAAGCUCAAAAAGAAUUAUUUGCGGCAAGACCUUUUAAUCCUUAUGGACAUUGUGACGAAGCACCUAUUAAUCCAGAGCGAUCGUUUCAUACUUUCCAAAAUAAAUGGAAUAAAGGAGUUGAAUGUGUAUUUGGAUUCUUGGCUUGUUUUCCAAAUAACAUUAUCAACUUGUUCUGCAGCGAUAACAAACAAAAAAAUCAACUUACACGUGAUAAACAAGAUACACAACCUCGGUGUAUUCCCUAUAACCAAUUACCGGAUGAACAGAAGGUUAUUAAUUCAUACAAAUGA